UCCAAACGAAAAAAAAAGAUAGGAAAUUAAAGCCUUUUCUUUUGAUAGUGCUAUAGUGCGCGGUUAAACAAAAAAAGGUGCUGGUUUAACGUGCGCCGCCUGAGAUGUCGCCGGCCGCUCCCGGGACAACUGUUGUGAUAAGAAUCUCACGGUAUAGGAAAGAUCGGUGAUAGUGAAAGUUAGUUUAAUCAGACGGUUCCGAUUAUUUAUUUUUCAAGGAAAAGGAACAAGAAAAGAAAACGAAGGGGAAGGGGAAGCAAUGGAGAGCCAAAAGAGCCAGGCGAAGUUAACGCGAACGCCGUCUUCGUUGCUCCGUUCAUCGCAUACCGUCCGGUCGUCCAUCCACAGUAUGUCAUCCAUCAGCGAGGGUGACUUUAUCAAGGACCAAGAGGACAAAGACGACCACCAACAACGAGAGUCGUUACUGAACGACGAGAAAAGAAAGAAACCGCCACCAAAGAAGUCAAGUUCGAUGAAACCUAGGAUCAUGCCGGUUCGAUUCAGCCCGGUUUUCUCCUUAGCCUCCAUGUCUUUUUUCUCUUUCAUCUAUUUCUUUUGCUUUUAUCUCAAAAGAGAGGAGAUUCCCACAUCGGAACGCCUCUUGUUAGCACUGAUCUUCGUGGCCAUUACCCUCUUCUUCGCUUCAAAGAACAGAGGUUUAAUCAACCAAGGCAUUGUUUGUUUCAAAGAAAGGCUUCAAUUUUCGAAACCCAAUUCGAAGCCUGUCCAGUGGUUCAUUGGAGAAACCCAUUACAACAGCAACACAGAAAAAGAAAGACUUGAGGUGGUUGAAAGAGAAGGGGUGGAGUUUUACAGGAAUGGGGACUUUUACGAAGGUGAAUUUCAUAAGGGAAAAUGUAACGGGAGUGGGGUUUACAAUUACUUCGUGAAUGGGAGGUAUGAAGGGGAUUGGGUGGACGGAAGAUACGAUGGGUAUGGAGUGGAGAGCUGGAGCAGAGGGAGUAGAUACAGAGGGCAAUAUAGACAAGGAUUGAGGCAUGGAUUUGGGAUUUAUAGGUUUUAUACAGGGGAUUCUUAUGCUGGUGAAUGGUGUAAUGGGCAGAGUCAUGGUGUUGGUGUUCAAACUUGUGCUGAUGGGAGUUGCUAUGUUGGGGAAUUCAAAUCCGGUGUUAAACAUGGAAUUGGUUACUACCAUUUCAGGAAUGGAGAUAAAUAUUGUGGAGAAUAUUUUGGAGACAAUAUUCAUGGAUUUGGUGUUUACCACUUUGCUAACGGUCACUGUUACGAGGGAUCGUGGCAUGAAGGUCGAAAGCAAGGGUAUGGUAUGUAUACUUUCCGAAGUGGUGAUAUGAAGUGUGGUGAAUGGGAUUCCGGCACCCUGAGAACCACUCUGCCUCCACUUACCGAUUCAAUCCUUCGAGCAGUUCAGGCUGCCAGGAAAACAGCGGGAAACGCUAUUAAGCUUCGCAGGGUGGAUGAACAAGUGAACAAGGCGGUUCUGGCUGCAAAUAGGGCGGCAACUGCUGCUAGGGUAGCUGCAGUCCGAGCUGUUCAGAAGCGGAUGGAUGAGAAUUUUUGUGAUACAGUUGUCUAAGACUUAGAGGUUAGGUUUGCUUGGAAGAUGUAAAUUUUCUUUUUCAUGUUAACUAAUUUUAUGUACUUGACGAGGUGAGGAGGUCACACCCUGAUGAGCAAAAGCUCGUCAGAGGUUGAGAGAUUAUGCUUGAAGUUUCAUUGAUCACAAAUGUAACAAUGUACAUAACUCGUGUAUAUCAAUGGAAGAUCAGUUUUCAAAUGUUAUAUUUUC